AUGGGGAGAGCAGAGGAGGAGAGAGGGGCCGCCGGGAGCGAGGCCUUCACGGACUCGGCCGACGGGAGCAGCUCCAGCUCCGACGCCGCCUCCACCGACGACUACUGGCCCGCCCCCGCCGUCGCGCUCGCGCCCAAGAAGACGCCGGCCUGCUGCGUCGCCGACGCCGAGCUGGCCACCAAGCAGCGCGAGCAGAGGCGCAGAGCUGCCCCAGAGAUGGAGAUGAUGAAGGACCGGUUCGCGAAGCUGCUGCUCGGCGAGGACAUGUCCGGGAGCGGCAAGGGCGUCUGCACGGCGCUCGCCGUCUCCAACGCCAUCACAAACCUCUGCGCUACGAUCUUCGGCCAGCUGUGGAGGCUGGAGCCGCUCGCGCCGGAGAAGAAGGCCAUGUGGCGGCGGGAGAUGGAGUGGCUGCUCUGCGUCAGCGACCACAUCGUCGAGCUCGUCCCCUCCUGGCAGUCGUUCCCCGACGGAGCCAGGCUCGAGAUCAUGACAAGCAGGCCACGGUCCGAUCUGUACAUCAAUUUGCCAGCUCUUCGGAAGCUAGACCAUAUGCUCCUUGAAAUCCUGGACAGCUUCAGAGACCCUGAAUUCUGGUAUGUCGACCAAGGGAUUUGCGCGCCGGACUGCGAUGGCUCCGCCUCGUUUCGAGCAGCUUUCCACCGCCGUGAUGACAAAUGGUGGCUACCGGUGCCUCGUGUGCCACCCGGGGGCCUCCGUGUCAAGACGAGGACGCAAUUGCAGCACAAGCGCGACUGCGCAAGUCAAAUCCUGAAGGCUGCCAUGGCGAUCAACAGCAAUGCUUUAGCCGAGAUGGAUGUCCCUGAAUCGUACCUCGAUACCCUGCCAAAGAAUGGAAGAGCAACUUUGGGCGACGUCAUCUACCGCUACAUAACGUCCGAUCACUUCUCGCCGGAGUGCCUUCUCGACAGCCUGGACCUUUCGACGGAGUACCAAGCACUGGAAAUUGCCAGCCGUGUCGAGGCAUCAGUCUACGUGUGGCGCCGGAGGGUUACCGCAAAACCGGUGAAUGGCUUAGGCCGUACCGUCAGCGCGAGAUCAUCUUGGGGCAUGGUGAAGGACAUGAUGAUAGACACGGAGAAAAGGGAGCUGCUCGCCGAGCGAGCAGAGGGCCUGUUGAUAUGCCUGAAGCAGAGGUUUCCUGCUCUGACGCAGACAAGCCUGGAUAUGAGCAAAAUUCAGUACAACAAGGAUGUGGGCAAAUCAAUCCUGGAGAGCUACUCAAGGGUUCUGGAGAGUCUGGCUUCCAACAUUGUUGCGCGCAUUGACGAUCUACUUAACAUCGAUGAGCUGAACAGACACUCGGAGCAUUUGUCAACAGGUGAUGCAGAUCUCAAGAUUGCUUGCAGCAAGGCCGUGGUUCCACCCUACCAACAAGUGCCUGCCUCGGGCACACCAUUCGUGACAGCGUACGCCACUCCUAGCUUCUCGCCAGGGCAACUAUCGAGCCCGUCUAAGAAGGACAGGACCUCGCUUGCUGCCGGCAGACGAUCUCACGGCAGCAACAGGGCUGCUGCAGCAAAGAAAGCCUUGACAGAUCAUCUUGGCCCAGAGGUCAAGGGGAUGAUAAUCGUGAACCGUAGUACGAUGAUCGAUGUCUCAACUACUACUGAUCUGUAAAGCUAGGUUUGUAGGCUGCCCGUAAAAUUGCCCAUGACUACUGUACCAGUCUCUGUGAAUAGCUAUGUCGUGUAU